GGGGGCUUUCCUCGGCGCCGUCGGGGCGUGGUGACGUCAGGCGCUGUGGCGGGAAGUUCGGAGCGCGGCGGGACGGCGGCGGCUGCCUCAGGUUGUAUGAAGCAUUUGCGAAAUAAGCCGUUGAAGGACCAUUCUGCCGAAGCAAUGGCUUCUCAAGAAUUUACUGUGUUGUACACUCACCAAAAAAUGAAAAAAUCAAAAACAUGGCAAGAUGGAAUUCUGAGGAUUAGACCUGGAGAAAAUAGGGCAAUCUUGCUUGAUGAUAAAGGACAAUAUUUGGAGAGUAUGUUUGUAAAAUCCCAGGUGAAAUCUGGAGAUAAUUUAGAAAGUGAACGAUAUCUGAUCAUGGUUGAAGAAGCAAAAAUGAAGGAAAAAUCUUGUGGAGAUCAACCAAGGAAACCUGAACUAGUAGAUGUGAAUAGACGUGGUUUAAAGCCUGCAGUUCUGCCUCCAAGACAUCUGUCUGUUGGCUUAAAGAGGAAGUUUACAGGUUUCCAAGGGCCACGUCAGGUUGAAAAGAAAGUAUCAACAGCAGAAGACGGAGAAAGAAUGGCAGUAUCACCUAUAUCUGAGCAGAGUCAGGAUCCUUUUCCAUCCAGGUUUUAUAUUACCUCUCCCUUAUUUUCUACUAUUUACAAGAAGAAUGCAGAAACAAGCUUAUCUGCAGACUUGCAUGAAGAUGGAGGUACAGAUAAUAGAGAUCGUGUGACUCCCUCCUCAAUGGUUUCACUUCCAUUUCUUCAUGCAUGUAAUGAAAUAGAGAAGAAAAAUUCUGAUCAGUCCAUGGUAAAGCCAGAGUCUCCUCUAAUUAGUGGGCACACCAAGUCUAGUAGUUGGACAACUGGUCAUGGGGCAGUGUCACAGAACAUCAGGAGCACAGCACAGAUCAUAGCCCUUUUGAAAUCUAAACCACAGGUCUGUGGAGAGCAAGCAACAUCUGAAGUCACAGAAUGUCAUAGAUUUCAAGCACUGGAAAACAUAAAUAGUUUGUAUAACCUAAAAAGCACAACCCUGCCUGCCUUUUCUGUCAACUCUGACAAAAAGAUUGCUCAAAAUAUUCAGCACUUGCCUUUUACAAAGGAAAUGGUAAAUGAUAAAAAGGAACGUUUGCUUAUUAAUUCAUCUGAACCUUGUGAUAAAGAAAUCACAGGGCAAAGACAGAACAAAAAGGCUAAUAGUUUAGGCCAAGACUUACAAGAUUCCUGCAGGACAAACAGUUCUGUACUAUCUGAAUCAACCAUAAACAGAGUGAGCGACAGCCUAUUUGUCUCUCCUUGUUCAGCAAGUCCAGUCACCUUUGAAAAACCUCUCUCCAGAUACAGAGAGCAUUUGGCAAUUAAUGGUCUUCAGGAUAAUUCAUCAAUCAAAUCUCAAAGUGACCUUCAGCUGAAACAAAACUCAGAAAGAAUGCCUAGUGACUUAGAGCUCUCUGAGGAUGUAACAGUGACUGAAAAAGGAAUUGCAAAGCAGGAAUUAAGUACAUGUGACGGAGACUGUAGUCCAGAUAAACAGGUGAUGGAAGUUAAUUUUGACCUGCUGGGAGCUUUUGAUUUUCAUGAUAUGGACAAUGGAGAGCACUGUGAAGGAAAUAAGAAAGAGCUCACUGAAGAAGACAUGCUUUCAGAAAGUGCAGAUUGCUUAGAGGGAGAAGAUAGGGCACAAAAUACUGCAUUGAGAUUUAAUUCUUGCUUUGAAGUGAUGACACACUGCAAAAAGGAAGAAAUCAAGUGUUCAACAUAUGAUGUAGAAAAAGAUGGCAAUCACUGCACUGUGCAAAUGCCAUUACAGUUCUGUAACAAUGUUACAGAUACAGAGAGAAUUAUGGAAGACUCUUCAAACCAGACCAAGAUUGAAGUGGAACUUUUGGAUGACAGAAACAACUUAAAAGAGAUUAAUGGAAGCCUAGGAAGUACUGAAGCUGUGAACAAUAAAAAGGAUCUUGGUGGCUGUGCAGCACUUACCAUUAAUGGCACAUCAGGAAUAAAAAGCAAGCACUUUGAUCUUUUUCCUAGUGACACAAAUGUUAAAUGUCACCCUAAAACUGGAAUGUUUGAUAAAACUGAAAAUAUUUCAUGUACUGCUUCCAGUAUAAUUUCUACAGCAGAGGAAAAGACUGAAGAAGAUGUUAUACAGCUUGAAUGCACAAAAUCCCCAGAUCUUGAUUUAGAACAUUUCUGGGGAACUAAAAUUGAUUACAUCAAACCAGAUAGCCCUAUGCUGACUUUGGCACAAAACUCUGAAUCUUGCUGUGGCUCAUCCCAAUAUAUUACAGAAGAUCACCAAAAUCUGUCUGGCAUUUUGAAUAAGGAAAGUACUCUUAUUUCCAGAAGUGCUAUUUGUCCUUUAGGGAAAGGUCGCUCAGCUUCAGAAGAAGCAGAAAUGGAUGAAACAGAGUUUGAAAACCUGGAGAGCAUGAAUGUCCCUCUUGGAGCCUACAAAGGUGAAAGAAUAGAAAUGGAUUGCCUGAAAUCCAUGGCAAAGGCUGAAAAUUCAUCAGAUCUUCCCGACUUGAAAACUGAGCUGUGUAUUCCACUGAAAGCACUGGGCCAAAGAGACCCUAGGACACCUGACUGCCAGUGGAAGUCUCCAGAUUCAAGAAGUCUUCAUGAGGACAAUAUGAAUUUUAUGAGAGAGGAGAAUUUUCAAAAGAAGUUUAACAUUAAAGACUCAGUAGCAGGUCACUCCUCACCAGCACUGAAUGCAUGUUCUGAAGUUCCACAGUGGAUAGUGUCAAGCUCACCAUCACGUUCUGAUUUGGGAGAAACACAGUGGACCUCAUGGGAACCUGGCAAGAUUAUUCCAUCAGUGCAAUUGAACUCCUCAGUUUCUCCAGCUUCAGGAAAAAAAGGAAGCGUUCAAGACAUUCAGGAACCUCUGAUUUACACGAACUUACCAAGUGAUUCAGAACUUCCAGAAAACAUUUUCACAUGGGAACAAGACAGCUAUCCAGAGGAAUGCAACUCCACAGUUAAAACACAAAUUCCACCUGUCACUGUUGCUGCCACUGAGAAGAUUCCUAACAAUUUUUUCCUAACCGACAGUGAGGAGGUCCAGCAAUCUAAUGGCUUUUUAGUAGCCAGUUUGAGCAGCAAGCCAGCAGCGUUUUCCAUGAGUGCUUCUGGCCCUGAGGACAGGAAUUAUGAAACCUCCGUGUUUGAGGAGUGUACAGAAGACAGACAAAGAAAGUCUGUGCACCCAGUAUUCUCAAAUGUGACUUCACAGUAUAGACAAAGCAAGUGGGUAAAAUAUCUAAACAGCGCUCAUUGUGACCUGAUAACUCAAAACAGCAACGAUAUGGACGUGACCAAUGACAUCUAUGCUGAGAAUGUCCUUGGAAUGCUGCCGGGUGACACAGGAGAGAGCCAGAGCAGCACUGUGAACAGCAACGCUCCCGGCUCUGUACCUCUGCUGACAGCAAAGAGCAUGCUUGGUGAAUGCUGUGCAGGUAGCACCAACCAAGAUUUGAUUUCAGAAAGGAAGUUACUUUCUUGUCACUUAAAUCAGACUCCUUUAACUGAACCAGCACAAAAGGUGUUGAGUCAUCUGACCUGCUGCACUGUAACAGGAGAUGUCCAGGAUAUAACAGUUUCUGAGUUGUCUUUUCCUAAUGCAGAUAAAGUAAAACAUGCUAAUCUUCCUAAAAGAAAGAUUGCCAUACCUACUGAGUUUCAGUCUCACGUUCACUACAAACAGGUUUUUAAAGCUGCUUUGACAGAACAUUUAAACAUAAUGCUUUUUGAGCUGUCGCAGAGAUUUCACAACGCUCUUUCGAAAGUGGAUACAUCAUUUUACACCUCAUUGAAAGAUGAGCAAAGCGAGAGCAAAGAAAGCUGCGUUCCACUCUGUGAUCACAUGCGUCCUGCUAAGGUUCUUGUGGUUAAAAAAGAAGGUCAAAACAAGGGCCGUCUGUUCUAUGCCUGUGAUGCCCCAAGAGCUGAGCGCUGUUCAUUUUUCAAAUGGGUGGAAGAAGUGAAUCCUGCACAAAUAAAAAAAUUCACACCAAGCGUAGUGCUUCAUGAUGUAAAAAGUAUUGGAGCGUACCUCCGAAAUCAAAAGAUUUUUGUCUUUGAUGGAUGCCAGCUUUUUGUGAGGAAAGGGUAUGAAAUUCGAACACGAUGGUGUAGUAAGCUCAAGAAACUUAAAAACAUGCAUGCUGAAUCUGAUGGGGACUCCAAAAAUAAACUGUACCUCAAGCUAAGCAGUAAGGAGCAUUAUUCUCUCUAUAGCAAAGAUGAUAUUUGGGUUGUUUCGAAGACUCUGAAUUUUGAUCCCCUUGACACUUUCAUUGCAAGUAGUGCUUUCUUUGGACCAACCCAUAACAAUGAAGUAGAACUCCUACCACUGAAAGGCUAUUACCCCUCAAACUGGCACUCACAUACAUCAGUUCACGCCUUGCUAGCUUGUAACGCCAGUGGUGAGCUUAUAUCCUUAAGAAACAUGGAAGAAUACUUCAAUCCAUCUACAUUACCACUCAUACCAUAUCUACUAAAAAUGAAUCGUGAUUCUGAAAAGCCUUCUAGGAGAAUCAACAGAAGAAAAUUUAUUCCACCUGCCAUGAGCGUGGUACGCAAAAAGAUGUACGGCUCUGUCAGCUCUGAAGUGGCAAUGCAACUAGCUGAAAAGAUGAUCCUAACGUUCUCACUGAAUCCAGAUCAAGCUACAUCUCUGAUUCACAUAGCUCAGAUGAUGUCCUCACAUGAAAAUAUGAAAUCAGUGGAAGAACAUCAUAUUUUCCCUAUCACAAUCAUACAUGGUGUUUUUGGAGCUGGAAAGAGCUAUUUGCUGUCUGUUGUGAUCUUGUUCCUAGUCCAGCUCUUUGAAAGCAGUGAAGCUAAGGAGGGUCCAGAGCUAGCUCCAUGGAAACUCCUGAUUGCUUCUUCCACUAAUGUUGCUGUUGACAGGAUACUGCUGUGUCUACUUGAUCUUGGAUUUGAGGAUUUCAUCAGAGUGGGAAGUAUUAGGAAAAUUGCCAAAGCAAUUCUUCCCCGUAGUUUACAUGCAGGCUCAGGAAAUGAAAAUGAACAGUUAAAAGAACUUCUUGCUCUCAUGAAAGAAGAUUUAGCUCCAGCUGAAAAAAUGUAUGUAAGAAAGAGUAUUGAGCGACAUAAACUGGGGACCAAUAAAAAUGCAUUGCAACAGGUAAAAGUGGUCGGAGUGACCUGUGCUGCCUGCCCAUUCCCUUGCUUGGAUACUCUUCAGUUUCCUGUAGUGGUGCUGGAUGAGUGCAGUCAGAUGACUGAACCUACUUCUCUCCUCCCUAUUGCAAGGUUUCAGUGUGAAAAGCUAGUCCUUGUUGGAGAUCCUAAGCAACUGCCACCAACUAUUCAAGGGUCUGAGAGCAUUCAUGAUAAAGGACUAGAACAGACUCUCUUUGAUCGGCUUUGCUUAAUGGGACAUAAAACAAUACUGCUACGGACACAGUAUCGAUGCCACCCUGCUAUUAGUGCCAUAGCCAAUGAGCUGUUCUAUGAAGGAAACCUGAUAGAUGGCAUUUCUGAGAAGGAAAGAAGUCCUUUACUGGAUUGGCUUCCAACACUAUGUUUUUAUAGUGUUAGCGGGCUGGAGCAAAUUGAAAGCGACAACAGCUUUUAUAACACAGCAGAAGUUCAUUUUAUAGUCAAGCUUAUCCAGUCUCUGAUUGCAAGUGGAAUACACGGAUCUGCAGUGGGUGUGAUUACUUUUUACAAAUCACAGAUGUACAAGAUACAGAACUUGCUUAGGAGCGUACAUUCCGAGGCUUUUCCAGUGAAGGCUGUCCAGGUGUCCACUGUAGAUGCAUUCCAAGGAGCCGAGAAGGAGAUCGUUGUUCUGUCAUGUGUAAGAACAAGACAAACUGGAUUCACAGACUCAGAAAAGAGAAUGAAUGUUGCACUGACAAGGGCAAAGAGGCAUCUCCUGAUUGUUGGGAAUCUGGCCUGCUUAAGUAAGAACAGACUCUAUGAAAGAGUAAUUAAUCACUGCAAAGGGCAAGAAAACGGAUUGCAACAUGUAAGCCAGUGUGAGCAGCAGCUGAAUGACAUUCUGAAGUACUACUUGGAGGAAAAGAAGGAAGAGGAACAGAGUAAGAAAAAGGAAAAAUAAAAUGUGUGCAUUUUAUUUUGACAAUAUAUGAAUGGUGUGUCUAUAGAAAUGACCUAAUGUCUAUAAAAAUGUGAAUGUAAAAUUUAAUGUUUAGCGUGGGGAAAUCUUAUUUGCAUCUGUUUAAUUCUUCUGUUUUGGCAGCCCCUUGUUUGAAUGACUAAAACUAAAGAAUAUAGGAACUGCAAGGCAUCUGAAAUCCCUUUCAUUCUAUUAUUAAUAUUAGUAUGAAUUAUUUAAUAACUAUGCCUAUGAAGUACCUAAUUGCAUUAUUAGUGUUUUGUUGUUCUUUAGGCUGCAUGCGUAUCAAACCUGUUGUAAAAGCAAGUGUCACUUUGCGUAUUUACAAAUCAUUCAAAGCCAAGCGCAUGGCUCUAACGGUAAAAAGGCCCAACGCAACAUCGUUUUUCUCAAAGAAAAUGGCGUGCCUUCGGUUUAUUCAAUCCUCGCAAUUCAACAGCCCCACCCGGCUCGGCGCAGCCCCGCCAGGCCGCCAGGUGGCGCCGCCCGCCGCCGGGAGCGGCCCGCGUUGCGCCGUGCAGCGCUGCUGACACCUCGGCUCUCGCUCCCUAAAAUCUCAAUCAACAAUCCAUUAGGACGCAACGGGAGUAAAACUAAAUCCUCGUUUAAGUGUAUUUAUCCGAUCUCUUUUCUCUCUUUCAAAUGCUAAAUCCAUUUCAGCAUAUGCCCCCUCUUUCUCUCGCCUUUCUCUAAAGCCCGGCAGCCCACACUGCUCUUGUAAAUAUGAAAGAUGCUAAUCAUAUGACAUAUCACGUCUCAGUCGGGGCCUGGAAUAAAGCCUUGAGAUUUGGGAUCAUUGCCUCCAGACAACAGCUUCAUCAGCCGGAAAGUUGGUUUUUUUCUCCUUUCCUUCAACUCUCAAUCCCUUCUUUGUCUGGGGGAAAAUGCAGCCAACUCGAGCCACCCCGGCCAUAUGGUUCACUCUGUGUUUUCUUAGUGAAUUCUGAAUUGUUUGUGACUUGCGGAGGGGUUUUUUUGGGAGCAUGUAUAAAGACAUAGAAGGGGCUGCCCGCGCUGGGCAGGGCCAGGCCAUGUCCUUCACGUGCCCAUUUCACACACUCCUGUGUCCGCCCCACGGCCAACGCGCUGCCCGGACACAGCCCCGGGCUCUGCAGCACCACGAUGCCUUGUAGGGCUCUCACAGUUCUUCCCUUUUGAGGACCAAAGUGCCUUCCUUCCUGAAGGCGAGGCGUUUUAGGGGCCGAGGGUGCAGGCUGCUCUCUCAUGACAAACCUGCAGGCUUGCCAGGGGUGAGAGGUACAGUAGUGCUGUGUGUAGGCAAGCACGGCUCCUCUGCCUGUGUGCGCCGGGAGCUGAAUGGCUGCGGUGCACCGCGGGUUGGAUAGCCCCGUUUGAUAGCAGCCUGCCAAAUUUUCUUUCUCUUUUUCCUUACACAAACCCCCAAAAAGGCCCUUUCACCAAAUCAUUAAAUUCUACAGAGGUGGUCAAGCUAGUCCUGCUUUUCAUGCGUUGGAGAAAGAAAAGGGUCCUUGAAGUUUAGAAGAUGCCCAAGGAAAACUCAUUGAAUGACAUCAAAAGAAUGAGUUUCCAUAGCUGUUGAAGCACGAGAGCUGUGUAGCUGCACAAAGGCGGGUUGGGGCAGUGGGACUGUCCCACUGCUCUAUCCCAGCACAAUUGGGUCACUGAAAUAGGGAAUUAAUUACCAUUGGAGAGUGGGCAGCCCAUUCACCGCUGGCUGAGUUUUAUUAAACGCCAAUAUAAAUAACAAAACAACUCUUGUGGCUGCACUAUUCCUACACGCCAAAGGAAGGAUUAUGUCGGGGAUUAACAUCUUAAAGUCUAUGAGACUUUCUGACUCAAGGCUCGGAGCUGGUAAUCGUAUUUGUCUCCUGGUUCAGCGAUUAGUGCUCUCCCUCGCGCACCUUCGCCUGGAUGGCCAAUGUCCCUUUUUGCAGGCACUGGGUUUUUCACACAAUCGGCUGUUCUUUUCCCCACAUCUAUAGAAAAGAAUAAGAAAACUGAAGCGUGUUCACGCGAUCCUCAAGCUUCUUCUUCUUCAUGGGAAAGGAAGGCACCGGCGGCCCUUUUUC